CGUUGGGUUUUAGUAAGGGGUCACUACCAUCAACACACAACCAUGGCGGAUGGUAGCGAACCGGUCGAUUUAAAAGACGCUGUUUCUACGGGAAGUAGGAAUUCUCUCAGCACUGCCGAGGCCAGAGAGAAACUUGAUAGCCUAAAUGAGAAGGUACGGUCGUUUUCACUGAGCGUUGCAAGUCGAGAAGAGAGUUCCGAGGGUGGUUCUGCCCGACUAGUUCGCAAACAAGAUGAUUUGAUUGCUUGUCUGUCCGUGAUGAGACGACUUAUGGAGCAAGCGGAACACGAGAGCAAGCGCUUGAAAGAGGAGAAAUUCAUGAUUGCUGCCAAGAUAAAUAACUCAUUGAACUCGGUGAAUAGGGAGGUGGAACAUCUAAAAGCUGAAUUACAAGAUCAAGACAAACGCUUAGCCGAACUGGCGAGCGGAAGGGAGCGCGUCCCACAUAGAAGUGAAUCAACUUCGUGUUCUAAUUUACCCAGUACAGUGUUUGAUAGCUGUGAAAAUACUGAGGACACUGGCCCGAAAUUAGGCGAUAUGACGAUCGAAAAUCAAAGACUUCGACAGGAGAAUGAAUUUUUAUCCAAAGAAUUAGACGAGUUUAAAGAGCGCAAUACGAACUUGACAGAACUGCUUGAAAGAUUGCACUGUUGUGAACACGAAAUCAGUCGAGCAAAAGAAACUAUUGUUUGUAUGAAAGCGGAGAGAAAAAAGCUGAAAAGCGAAAAGAUGGAAUUGCUGAGCCAAAUGAAGCAAGUUUAUGCUAUUCUUGAGGAUAAGGAAUCUGAGUUAGGCGAAUUCAUUAAAAAUUACCAGCAACAUAUGCGGGAAAGCGAAAUCAAAAUACAGCGACUUUUGAGCGAGAAAGAAAGUUGGGAGCGCGAACGAAAAAAUAGUUUACAAUACUUGGACGAUAUGAAUACUCAACUGCGGACUAAAGAGAGUCAGUUAGCGGUCGUUGAAAGUGAACUGCUGGAAGUUAAGCAGCAUUUGACUCUACUGCGAUUAAAUGCUCCCUCACGGGAGAGCAACAGUUCUCAAGCUGCCGAUAGCAACUUGAUUAGAAAUAAUCUGAACACAAGCUCCGGGUCUAGUCGAUUUUCACGAGCGAUACAAGCAGACGUGGAAAAACUUUUACAUUCAAGGGAGAAAUACGAAGAAAUGGUCCCUUCUCCGUACAGUACAACCGAGAGGCUAUCAGCCUCACCCGUCCCAACACCUCCAGGCUCAGACACCCAGUCAGAAAGUAGUCAGAUUGAUCAGCUAGCCACCCUUUCACCAGAAGAACGCGAAGUGUUUGAAUAUGUCACCCCAGUUCUAAACAAUGUGGAGGAGAAGAAAUCGAGGAAGAAAGAUAAAAGGGGUUCCUUGUCCAGGCUUUUCUCUAAAGGCAGGAAUAGGAAGUCUGUGACAAAACAGACCUAUGAAGCAGUCGGUUACCACUCUGCAGAUGAGAUUGAGCAGUACAUUCUUGGCACCAGCUAUUCCAGUAAACAACACAUCUUUGAAGCUCACAAGGAUGUUCCUAUGGCCUGCUGGAAGGCUAACAUGGUGCUAGCCUGGCUGGAAGUAGAAUGUCACAUGCCAAUGUAUGCACAGAUGUGCUACGAGAAUGUAAAGAGUGGCAGGGUGUUACUGGACCUGAGUGAUGCUGAGUUAGAAUCAGGUCUGGGCAUCUCCAAUGUGAUGCACAGAAGAAAGCUCAGGCUUGCUAUAGAGGAGUAUAGAGACCCUUCUUCUGUGAAGUACCCUUACAUGUCUAAAAUUGACCAUUUCUGGGUGGCCCGUACAUGGAUACGUGACCUUGGACUUAGUCAGUAUGGCCCCGCCUUUGAAUCUCAAAUGAUUGAUGGACGACUUUUAAAUGUACUCACAAGAAAAGAUAUGGAGAAGCAUCUUCAUAUAUCCAAGAAAUUUCAUCAGACCAGCAUUCUCAAUGGUGUGGAUCUUCUACGAUUGAUUGCCUUUGACAAACAGUGUUUGAUUGACCGCCGCCUAUCAUGUGAUGAGACAGACAUUGACCCAGUUGUCUGGACUAAUGACAAAGUGAUGAGAUGGUGUCGCUCCAUUGAUUUGCAGGAGUAUGCAGAUAAUCUGCGUGAUAGCGGUGUUCAUGGUGCAAUGAUGGUCAUCAAUGAGACGUUUGGUCCAGAUGAAAUGGCAAACUGUCUAGCUAUCCACCCAUCAAAGAAUAUCAUCCGGCGCCACCUCACUAGUGAGAUGACUGCUCUCAUAACGUCUGCAAGAGGAGCUCUCGACCUCAGUUCUAUUGAUCGUAAAGACAAAAAAGACAAGAGUCGGCGGCGAUCAAUGAGUUUUAAUGUGGGUCAGCGUUCCAGUACACCAACUGACUCAACAAAAAGACAUAGCUUUCGGCAUUUAAACAAUAGAGGGCUAUCGCCUGUCUUGCCAGUCAAGUCGGGGAGUACAUCACUACUACAAGUACCAAACAACGCAGAGACACCACGCACAUGGAUCCGACCAAUCAGACCACGAUCUUCUGUGCAGUAACUGUCACAUGUCAAAAGCUGUCCAAUCAGAUCACACACCUCAGUGCAGUAACUGUCAUUUCAAAAGCAGUCCAAUCAGAUCAGGCUCUUCUUUGCAGUUACUGUCACGUGUCAAAGCUGUCCAAUCAGAGCACGUGUUCCCGUCGUGUUUCCGUCACGUGACUGAUGUACAUCAGCAAAUGUGGUCUGGCGCUAGAUUGAGGCGAUCAUAAAUCAGACAAUCUUCGCUGAUGCCCCCUUAUGGAGCGACAUGUCCCAUGACGAAGGCUAGACAAAAGUUGACCAAUUAUAUUAUUGACAUGACACAAGUGUAGGAAGGAAUGCAACUUGGCAAUGAUGUUAUUUUUCAUCUACAUUGGGUAAACGCUAUAUUCAACUCAAUCAAUCUGUCAUACCUUUUGAAGCCAGUCAAAUGAUCAAAUCCAACCAGUCUGGGGUCAUCUAAAGAGACAUUUUCAUCGCAAAUUGUGCAGUCGUGGAUUUGCAUGCAAGCAAUGCUAAUAUCAUUUCUCUAUAGUAAACAGACCUCUUUUAGAUGAAAGUAGAUUUUGUUUUAAUGUUGAUUUUAAACAAUUCCAGCCCGAUGACGCAUUUUACAAUUUAAGUAUAUAUAUAUAGGUUAUUUUAAAGAUUUUAAUUUAUUAUUAACACUUCUGAGUUUUUGUCCGUGGUAUGCAAAUAUCCUUUACCCAGAUAUUUAAGAUCUUAAAAGAUCACAUUGUAAAAGAGAGGACUAAUAGAUAAUAUUUAAAAUAAUUGUAGUAUUCUAAAUUAUCGCAAAAAUGUAAAUAUG